ACGAUAUUCUUUAUUAAAUUCCAUGUUUCAUUUCACAUUGAAACCGUCUUAGUCUAGGAUAUUAUGUCCCUUUUGCUUAAAUGCUAUAUCAUUCCUUAUUUAAAAUCGCUCAAAAACAAGUCAUGCCUAUUGAUCGUUGGAAGGAUGCACAAACCCUCUCAUUCCGCCUACCCCUGGACUCACAGGAGGUCGUUGCUUCGCUUGCUGCUACUAGUUGCCAUGGAGACGAGUUGGAGGAACGGACAGCACAACACACAACAGAGUCCUUUUGUUGCUCGCUUUUCCAUGAAGCCCGAUUGUCCUUAGGCGUGCUCUACACUCAGUAUUGUCCGCUAGCGUGAAAAGUAGUGAACGGAACUAUGCUCGAGCUACAGCUAACUUCCGGUGAAAGUGAAAGCUACUUCCAUCUAACGGUCACGGGCCAACUGGAAUCCGCGCACUUCCCGAUGGGUCCCGAUGGUGAUGGUCUCUUCUGUCGUUACGACAUCGUCGCUGGCCCGGACUGGGAGCUGAUGUCGGGAUUAUCGUCGGCCGUGACGCAGAGUGCCCGUACCGAUUCCGACUACCGCACGGUGGUGUUCAACAUGCCGAUUGAGUUUACGAUGAAAUCCACCAAUCCCUACGGUUGGCCACAGAUCAUCUUCAGUCUCUAUGGAGCUAAUAUGUGGAACGUGGAAACGAAUCGAGGCUACGCUCGUGUGUUCUGUCCACUCAGUGGAACGGACUCGGAACGUGUGCUGCGUGCACCGCUCUUCAUUCCUAAAUAUGCCAACGCAUGCUCGGCCGUGAUGAGCUGGAUAACGGGCGUCAAUCCUGAAAUGCGUGACCCGAAGAUACUAUCCGAUGGUUCCAAGCACAAAGGACUAUCAUCGGAGACGUACGGUGAACUGGUGGUGCGGUUGCAAACCAUUUCCAGAGGCAGCUCCCGUAUGGCUCUCGACUGGGGCCAGACCAUGGUGGAUGACAAAUUCUAG